GAUCAGCCGUCAUGCUCAUAAUGACCUAAAACCUAAGGUCUUGUGCAUUGUCCUCUGUUGCGAUCAAGAACCAGAAAUCAUCUGAACAAUGACCCAGCAUUCAAUAAUGGCUGUUUUAGAUCUGUAACUAUUCAAAACUCUUAAUUGAUAGUUUCGCUUUUGUUGUGAUUUGGGUUAACAUUUCUAGUUCAAUGGCUUCUACUUUCCAAAAACUUCUCAGAAACCAGUCAGCUUCAAGAAUAAUCACUAUUCUCCACAAACCCCAACAACAGCUUCUCCCACAAUCGGUUUUGGCUCAUCUCUCUGAAACGAAACCACUUCACCACUGUCCUACCAAUCUUAUCCCCUUAUUGGGUCUACUCAGAACCGAUGAAUCAGGCAAUUUUCGGUCCUUACAGUUUUACCCAAGCUAUCAUCCAUUUGGGUUUUUCCUGAACCCUGUUUCUUCUUCAUCUGGAUUCGUCGAAUCCGGGACUGACGACGUCGUUUCCGAUGAUUCGCAGACGAUUUUGGCCGAUAGUGUUAAGAAGAAAAGGAAGAGGAAGAUGAACAAGCAUAAGUUAGCAAAAGUAACUUCAACAGUACAGAUCGCCAAACUAUGAUGACAGUUUUGCCUUUUGAAGCGCUAGUCGCGUAGGGUGACGGGGCCACGCCAAAUCAGAAAGGCUUUGAUGACUCUAAGUUCAUAUUAGGGAAAGGAGAGUAAGGGGACAUGUCACAUUCUACAACAUGCAUGCCUAUUUUGGCAAGCAGCUCCACAACUUUGGCAUGCGUUUGAAUUAUUCUUUAUUCCACCUUUUGAUUAUCGGGUUGCUUCUAUUCUUGAAUUGUUGCAUAAUUUGUGAGUUUAUUCUACAAUUAGUAAACAAAAUAACAACUUUAAUUACACACAAAAUUUAUUGUAUUACUCAAACUU